AUGAGACAAAAAAUUGGUUGGUUUGAUUAUCGAAAUGCUGGUGAAUUAGCAAGUCAUCUAGUUGAAGAUCAUGAAAAUAGUCGUGUAGUAGAUCUUAUUAUUCUUCUUUCUCAAAUUAUUGCCAGUCUAAUAUUUUCUUUUUAUGUUGCUUGGAAAUUAAUACUUAUCUUUCUUUCAAUAUCACCAUUAAUUAUUAUUAUUAAAUAUACAGGUUUAGAAUUACCAGCAUAUAGUACAACUAAUUCUAUUGCACAAGAAAUAUUUGUUUUUCGUUCAACAUCAAUAGUUACAUUAUCUCGUUUAAUAUCAAAUUUACAAUCAUUUGCUGACGCAUCUGCUUUUGGUGGAUAUGUAUUUGGUAUAAUUAAAAGAGAAUCAAAAAUACAUAUAUUUUGA